AAUGAAAAAAGUAGAGGACAUCUUUCCGAAAUAAUUGGUGAAUUUUUAGAAUACAUACAAUCUACACAAUCCAAACCAGUAGAUAUUAGCGAUAAACUAAAAAUUCUAUUUGGUAAUAUAAUCAUAUCUAUGACCCUAAAUAGGAGAAUUGAAUCUUCUGUUAUGGUGAAAUUUGUUGCUACAUAUGAAGAAAUUUUCAGACUAGUUCUUGCACCUUCUACUACAAUUUUAGAAGCUUUUCCUUGGCUAAAAUAUUUCGGUAAUAAGACUUAUAAAAAAUUGGUGACUUGUGCAACAAUACGAGAUAAGCUACUAAUACCUGUUGUUAGAGAGGCAAUAGACAAUUUUGAUCCUCAUGAUAUAAAAACUACUACUGAUCAACUUUGGCAUUAUAUGAAUCAAUCAAAUAUAGAUUAUGAUUUCAAACAUCUUUAUGGUAUUACAAUUGGCCUAAUUGUUGCUGGUUUCAUUACAACUUCUUCGACAUUGUAUGGACUUUUGGUUUUAACCGUCUUCCAUCACUCGAUGAUAAAGCUAAUAUGCCAUACACAGAAGCUACAAUAUUGGAGGCUCAUCGUUUUCUAACUGUUGUACCUUUUAAUAUACCACAUAUAGCUGUUAGAAAUUCGACAAUUGGAGGUUAUAAUAUAAAGAAGGGGAGUCAAAUAUGGCUAAACAUUUGGGGUCUUCAUCAUGAUGAAACUAUUUGGGGAGAUCCUGAAAAUUUCCGACCCGAAAGAUUUUUGGAUGAUAAUGAUCGUGUUCUAACAGCGGAACAUCGAUUCAGAAAAUGUCUUCUUCCAUUCGGAACGGGUAGGAGAGUAUGUGUAGGUAAAAAUCUUGCAAAUAAUCGAUUAUUCUUGUUUCUUUGUUCGAUGUUACAAAGAUUUGAAUUUAACCCGGAAGAUGGUAAAACAGUUGAAUGGGACUCGAAGCAGAUGCGAUUCGGUUUGGCUCUCAGUCACAAACCCUAUAAGAUGCGUUUUACACCACGAAACAAAUAAAUGUUAUUGCUUUAUUCAUAAUCCUGAUUUUUAUUUAUUAUUGUUAUGAAUAGAUUUAUGUGAACUAUGAUCGAAAUUUUAACUUUAUCUUUCUUAUCCUAUCAGUAUAUCUAUUUUUGUCCCGUUUAUGUUUUGAACAAUAACAAACAUUUAUAAAAGGUUCUAUUAAGAAAGUAAAAGAUUUAUUACGUCGUCUACGAAAUUAUAAUAUUGUUUUGAACAAAUAUUUAAGAGAAGUUUUGAACAAAGUGUUUUAUUGACAAGUAAUACUUAAUUUUCAUUGAACAUCUAACGAUUUCGUAUCAACAAUAAUAUAUUUUUGAUUGUUUAAUAAACAGUUAGCACAAUUUAGUGUAAUAGAAAGUUUCUCUUUCUUUUUCUUCCUUUAAAAUGAUUAUAAACUGAAAGCUAUUGAAUAAUGCUUACAGUUUAGUUGUUCGUUUCAAAUUGUUUUUUGAUAAGUAUUAAAGAAAAUGAAAUUAACGUUUGCGUUUAAUCAUUAAAGUUUUAAAAGUAAUAACUAUAUUUUUAAACUAAUAAGGCAAUCAAUACAAUUUAAAAAAAAAUGUCCAUCAUCAUAAACUAUUUUGUUUUUUUUAUACUUAUUUGCAUAUUUAAAUUAACUAGCUAGUAUUUUUCUCUUCUGUUGGAAGCAUAUUUAAUUGCCGAUUGGUCUCAUCAAGACUUCUACUUAUAUCACGUUCAAUAUCAUUCCAUAUAUCGCUUGCAUUCUCUUCUGCGUUAUCAAUUCUGAUAUUGUCCGUGACUUCAGCCUUUUGUAAUCUAGCUUUUCUUGCCUUUCUUAAUCUGGCUAAUCUGUACUGAGCUGAUAACAUACCGACCGCCGCAACAAAUGCGGCAAUUAUACUGCAAUAUAGAAGAAGCGACAUUAGUCCCUUUUUUGAUUUGUAUGCAUAGAUGUAUCCAGCAAUCCAUGGUAAAACCAUUGAUCCACCUGCCGAUGCAACAAAAGUUAAAGAUGUUGUUAAAACGUUUAUUUUCAUUUUUGAGUUUGCCCAGUUUAGCCAGGCCGGAAAUAUCGGUGAUAGAGUCAUUGCAAAAAGGCAAGAAAAUAUCCAUAAAAUUGUUUUGAAUCUAGAGGCAUAGGCUACAAGAAUUGCACAGCAUAUUAUACAAGAACCAAGGCACCAGGUUAGAAUAGAACUCGAGUGGAUGCAUCUUGAAAAGACUAGAGAUAUACCUCUACCCGCCGUGAAACUAGCCCAGAAACACGUUUCAAGAAGUGUACCCUCUCCAAUUUCGAAGGAUGUUACUUCUCUGGCAUAAGCAAAUAAGAACUUGCCUAUGACCCGUUCAGCACCAAUAGGAAGUGGACAAAAUGUAAAAAGAAAAGUUAGCAUGAUACAAGCUAAAGGAAAAUCUCCUUCAGUCCAACUUUUAGGCUUAUACCAAUUCUUAUCAAAUGUAAAUUGGUUUCUAUGUAAAUCAUAAUCGUCAGCUCUCCAAGCACUAUCUUUUCUUGACUUUCGGAAAAAGGUUAAAAACAUGAGAGCUACAAUAAAUGUUAAACAUGAGGCGAUAGCGAAUGGAUACUCCAGCGAAGCAGACCACCCAUCCUCAAAAGUUACAGAAACAUCAUUCGACGUUACAGUUUGAUUGGACAUGUCGUGAUUUUCACGGUCGAGAAUAAAUGGACGAACAAGUUGGGGAGCGAUCAGCGCCCCCACCCCAAAAGCGAAAUGUAGAGAAUAAGUAGGAGUUGCAGCCCUAUCUUUCCAUAAUCUUAUAAUAAAUCCAUUGCCCCCGGAAGCUAGUACCCCUUUGCCGCAACCGUCGAGGGAAAACAUGGCUCCUAACAUUGGUAAAUUUGUACAAAGGGGAGCCAUGGCAGUACCUAUCCCAGCCACACCAAGUGCAAUGGCCAAAACGAGAUCUGUGUACUUGGCGAAUGCUUCGCAGACUAUUCCACCUGUUAGUGCUCCUAUAAGAAAGCCUAAGCCCCUAGCUACAAGAACCCUAGAUAUUUCUUCGUAGUUUGCUUUUACUCUAGCUCUUAAGUAGGGCAAGGCUGGUGCACAAAUCUCUGAAAACAAACCCUAUAAAUAAAGAACAGCGUUGAAUUAAAAUUGAAAAUCGAGUAAAAAUAGCAUUAAAUUCUGAAGUUUCGUAUUACUAAUUGAUAAAUUAGGCUCACCAUACAAAUCCAAGCAAGUAUCAUUGUAAUUGUUUUAAUCAUUCUAACUUUUUUCCUACGCUUCUCUUUCUUUCUAUUUUCCGUCGCUUCUUUAGACAAUAUUUUAACUUCAACUUUUUCCUCUUCUACUUUCGGUCGACUUGGCGGUCUUUUAAGUGACAUAGUAGUACCAUUCGAAUAAACAGGAGUUUGUCUAGCACUAAAUCUUACUGGUAGAUGUGGUACCCGUCUUGGAAUAACUGCUAAAGGUUUCCUUACGGGGAUUCUUAUGUGAGGAUGGUAAUCGCUCAUGAUUGGCUACUCUCCGGUAAAAUUUCUUCGGAUAAACUAUUUUAACGCUAUGCUCAAUCCGUGAGAAUGAUUGCAUUUGACAAACAAUUUAAUUAAAAAAAAAAAACCGAAAUUUGAUCGAAGCGCACCGCCCGGAAAUUGUUAUCUGUCACGUGAUCGUAUCUAUGGUAAGGCCUACACUGCAUAUCAGCCCAUGCCACACCUCCAUAUAUAUUUCAGAGCAGACUGAGUUUUUGGCAUUUUUUUUACUUUCAUAAAGAGAUUAGCGGAAUUUUUCAACGUUUAUUUAAUUAAGAAAUGAGUGGCACAGAGUCUCCUGUAGAACCUAUUCCAAUUAAAUAUUGCUUCACUGGAGUAAUUUGCAGUUUAUUUUGCUUCCAGUAUGUUCACAAACAAUUAUCAACGAACUCUAAAAGUAAGACAUGGGAAUGGAAUAACAUAUUUGUAUCAUUUCUUCAUGCUGCUUUUGCCGGUCUAUGGACGAUAAUUUGGUAAGUUUUGUGUGGUAAAACCUUCAAUACCGGCCUUUUUUGUCUUGCGCUGUCUUAUUUUACAACGACGCCAUACUGACCUCGUUCAGGUGUUUCUUUUUUUUCCAGCUUAAUAAGGGAGCCACAAAUCUUCUUUAAUCCGAUCGACCAUUUUUCUGUCAAUUCAUAUGUUUUGGUUACAUUUUCCACGGGAUAUUUUAUCCACGACGCUUAUGAUCUAAUUUCGGCAGGAAAAGCGUAUAAAAACUGGGAGUUGAUUAUACACCAUGCCAUCUUAACAUUGAUGUUCUUCUAUAACCUAUUUACGUGCAAAUGUAUAGGCUACAACAUACUGGUAUUAAGUGUUGAAAUCAAUAGUACAUUUCUACAUAGUCGAAAGCUAAUGCAACUUGGAAAAGUCCCCUUCAAUUCAUUAAUCUAUAGGAUUAACAGCUGGUUGAACCUUGGCACAUUUGUCGUUUUUAGAUUUGGAAUUCUAUUUCAUAUAUGUGGUGGCUUAUUACUCUGGAGAGAAAAAGUAUCUACUGUUUAUUACGUUUCGAUAUUCUUUUCGAACGUUGUUAUGAUAAUAAUGAACACAAUUCUAUUUGGACGUCUUAUUAAAUCAGACGUAUUAAGAUCUACGACGAAGUCGUCAAAAACUGAAAAAUUGAUGUAAUGAUAAAAAGAAAAACAAGCAAAAGAUUGAUGAUUUGUAAGAUAAUCGAUCAGAUAGGUUUGAACAUUUACUUGAUUCAUUUUUUUCAGACUAUUUUGUUACCAGUUUAUAUUCAUUUUUUAAUUACUCUUGUUAAUUCUAUGCUAAUGAUAUCAUUUUAGAAUAGCUGCCAAUUCUUAAUUUCAACGUCGUAUUUGAACAUCGAGGGAAAAAACACUAAAAAAUAUAGGUUUAUUACUUUUAUUAUCUUUCCCUCUUUUUACUUUUUUUUAAACUGGAAACAGAACGACUAUAAUAAGGUUAAUAAGAAAAGAACAUUUGUAAAAAAAAAGCAAAAAACUUAUGUACAUUUAAUCAUAUGAAAUAUUGAACAAAAAUUAGGAUUGAUUUUUUUUAAUACACCUCUAAGGAAAGCAAAGAAUGAAAAUCGAUAGGAAAAAUCGAAAUAAUUAAUUUUCCUGAUUAGUCUCUGUUUAUAAAAUCCUACUUAUAUAUUCUAUAUUAUUGUACUUUUUGUAUUUCUUUUUCGUUAAAAUAUUUGAAAACAAUGUUCAAUUACAAGCCAAAACUAAACCUCAUUUAGAUUGGAGAACAGAGUCAAACCUAUUUUAGUCUUUUUUUUCAUGUUACAAUUGAAAAAUACAAAACUUGAAUGAUACUGUU